GUCACGGUCAGUUUAGGAGGGCACUUGACGAGCCCAUUAGCGUCUACGAGCUCAUGGCCGUCGCCAAAGGCUUUGGUCGGCGCUGUGCAUCGUCCGUGAUUUCCAAGCUAAAGAAACUCCACUUACCGUCGGCAUGCCGUAAGCCAGGCGCUUCGCUACUUACCGGACCGAGAGCGAGUCGUUCAAACCUUAUCGGAUCCGCGUAAUCCUUCGGUCCAUCGUUAAGCCUGUUUAAUGGAACGUUGUUCCGUUUGUAUGCAUCUCGCUGCGGUCCAGCUGUGUCGCCCAACGAAAGAUUGUCGGCUGCAUUCGCUGAUGCAGGACCUAUUUGUCAACCAAUGAUCUUAUUCGUCUGUAGUACAGAAAAAGACUCGUUGUCUCCCGCAAUACCAUUAUCUUUCGCUAGUCGUUAUCACUGUUGUUGGAAUACCGUCGGCUUCAAGUUCCAGACCAGUACCUUUCACUUCUUUGGAUAAUUUCGCAGGAUGCCAUCAGCUACUCCUACGACCUUCAACGAUGGUAACGUCAUUACGAAACCGUCAAAAGCGCGAUGCACCGCCGACGGCUCCGCUGUCGAUGUAGCAACCCGUUCCAAAAGUAUCUCCACUGUUUUGCAUCGAUCUCUUGAUCAAGAUCCGCUGCGUGUCGUGUCCGCGCAGGGUAACCAUUUGCUCCUCAGCAACGGGCAGCGAAUCUUAGAUGCUACAGGUGGUGCCGCAGUUGCGUGCCUUGGGCACGGCAACGAGCAAGUUCGGCAAGCGAUACUCAACCAGAUGAUGGAAGUUUCAUACUGUCAUUCACUAUUUUACGCUGUCACAGCUGUUGAAGAACUAGCGAAUCUGCUCAUCGAAAGUACAGAAGGUGAAAUGACACGAGCCUUCUUCAUCAGCAGCGGCAGCGAAGCCAUAGAGGCAGCAUUGAAGCUUGCUCGCCAGUACCAUCUCGAGAAGCAACCUAGCGAGCCGCAACGUUCUCACAUCAUCGCGCGGCAGCAGAGCUACCACGGGACAACGCUCGGCGCCCUUGGCGUUGGCGGCCAUGUUGCUCGCCGUGCACUCUUCGAGCCUUUGUUGAGCACCAGGUCAAGCCGUGUGAGCCCUUGCUACGCCUACCGCGGCAAAGCCAGUGAGUUUGAAGAUGACGACUCCUACGUAAACAGGCUAGAGGCAGAGCUGGAUGCCGAGUUCCAGCGCGUUGGUCCAUCCAACGUGGCGGCCUUCAUAGCGGAGCCAGUCGUAGGCGCAGCCCUCGGCUGCGUACCCGCGGUCAAGGGUUAUUUCCGGGCGGUGAGGAAGGUUUGCGAUAAAUACGGCGCUCUACUCAUCCUCGAUGAGAUUAUGUGUGGAAGCGGGCGCAUCGGACCCGAGCCGACCGUUCACUAUCCGAAACCUCUGCAUGCCUGGCAGGAUCCAUCAAUCGGUGUCACACCGGACAUUAUGACGAUGGGCAAGGGGCUCGGCGGCGGCUAUAUCCCUGUCGCGGCGAUGCUUGCCAACCGGAAGGUGGUCGAGGCUCUAAAAGGCGGCAGCAAAGCGUUUCAACACGGGCAGACGUACCAAAGCCAUCCAGUAGCCUGCCGAGCAGCGUUGGAAGUCCAGAAGAUUCUGAUGCAAGAUGAUCUAGUUGCCAACGUGCGCAAGCAAGGGAAGCUUCUUGGACGUCUGCUGAAGGAGAACCUUGGUUCGCAUCCAGCCGUCGGCGACAUUAGGGGUAGAGGUCUGUUCUGGGGCGUCGAAUUUGUUGCGAACAAGACGACUAAAGAACCGUUCGAGCCGCAAGAAGCUGUUGCUUCGGGUAUCCAUGAGCUAGGCAUGCAACAACCUUAUAGCAUUUCGCUGUAUCCAGGUACCGGCUCUGCGGACGGCAAGCGCGGCGACCACAUAUUGCUUGCACCGGCAUACACGGCCACCGAGGAAGAUAUUGCAGAAAUCGUCAGCACGACGGGUCGCGUUAUAGAACACUUCUUUUCACAUCUCCAACGCGCCUGAUGUGUAUCAGACUGGACCAGAUAGCGUUGGCGUUCUAGCCGAGGCG